UUCUGGAUUAUCAUAUUACUUUUAGAGAAUUUGAUCUAUCAACAACUUUAACCCACGACUGCCACCAAACAAGUUAAAAUUCCCGAUAACCCUAAUGUGUUAGUUACAGCCCAUUCACUUCUGAUCCAUAUUCUUCAGCAAUGACUAUUCCUUCCAUUGAGCCCCGUCUUGAAACUCUCCUAGAUCGAUGUGCAAAUCUAAACACCGGGGUCAUCUUUUACGACUCGGAGAAUGUGUCUCCCCAACGCCUCUCAUAUCGUCAAAUUCGCUCCCUGGCUUUACGUAAAGCGAAGGCUCUUCAAAGACACAGCGCCUUUCAUCCUGGUGGGAUACUUCUGAUACAUUUUCGCAGUCAUUAUGAGAAUAUUGUAUGGUUUUGGGCAAGUCUUUUCGCGGGAUGCGUACCAGCUAUGUCAACCCCUCUGGUCAACAACCCUGAGGGACGCAUUUCCCACUUGAAGCAUCUGUUUGAGAUGUUGAUGGAUCCGAUUGUCAUCACGAAUAGCAAUUUGUUCGAAAGCGAUUUUAGCGAAAACGCAGUUCUCCGGUUCGUCUUGACGGAAACUCUCGAGGCCUUGGAGACCAGCGAUGAUACUUCUGGACCUGAAGCUGUUCACCAUGCUCAGAACGGCGCUAUUCCGAGUGACCGAGAACAUAUUCUUUCUCAUUCCAGACAACCAUCCUACCAACAGGAUGACUCUGUAGUGGGAAACGGUGUAUUGCAGGCGAAUCUAGACAAAGCGCAAUCGGAAGAGGCCAGAUGCACAGAUGAUUUUACGUCUCUCCAGGACGUUGCUGUUCUCAUGCUCACGUCAGGAAGUACAGGCGCAUCAAAAGCAGUGUGUUUAACACACCAACAGAUCAUCACAUCCGUCUGCGGCAAAUUAUCACACAUGCCAAUGCCGCGCAACGCCACGGUUCUUAACUGGAUUGGCCUAGAUCAUGUAGGGAGUCUAGUAGAGCUCCAUCUUUGUGCCAUGCUUGCAGGAUGCGAUCAAGUCCAUGUGUCUGCUACCGAGAUCAUAGCCGACCCCAUCCUCUUCCUCCGACUUCUGUCAAUGCAUCGCGUCGUUAGGACUUUUGCGCCCAACUUCAUGUUAGCAAAACUCCAAACCAUUUUGAGCGAGGCGUCUGCUUCCGAACUGGACAAUAUCAAUCUCCAGAAUUUACUAUAUCUCAUAUCUGGCGGAGAACCAAACGCUGUCGAUCUAUGCGCCAAGAUCUCGCAACAUCUACAAAGACUUGGUGCGCCCACUGCUACAACAAUUACUCCAGGAUUCGGCAUGACAGAAACCUGCGCUGGCUCGAUAUACAGCCGAAGAUGUCCGGAGAUAGAUGCGAACAGCGGAACUGAAUUCACCGCUCUGGGUACGUGUGUUCCUGGGAUCGAGAUGCGCGUUAGCAAAGAUGAUGGCGGACUUGAGGUUCGAGGACCUAUCGUGUUCAAACGCUACUUCAACAAUCCGGGAGCCACUCGGACAGCAUUUACCCCUGAUGGCUGGUUCAAGACCGGGGAUAACGCUACAAUCGACGAAUCUCGCGUGCUACGACUCGUCGGUCGAUCAAAGGAUUUGAUAAUUGUGAACGGCGUGAAAUAUCUUCCGCAUGAACUAGAGGCAGCUAUUGAGCAAGCAAAUAUUCCAGGCGUGGGUCGAUCUUCCGUUAUUUGUUUCGCUUGCCGUCCCAAUGGAAGCAGCACCGAGCACAUACAGAUUGUGUACCAACGCGAAUACGAUGCGCACGAUGGACAGUCGUGGAAAGACGCUUUAGAUUCAAUCGUGCGUAUUGUCGUCCUGUUCGCGGGGGCGAGACCCCACGUUCUUCCUCUAUCUCCUGGCCGACUUGAGCGCUCCACUCUAGGCAAAUUGUCUCGCGCAAAGGCUCGAACGUCACUUUUGAAUGGAGAUUACAAUGACGAAAUCGAAACCAACAAUCAUAUGCUCCAGCUAUACCGGAAAGGACACACCAGUCACCCUGAAACUGAUGGGGAGAAGAAGCUAGUUCACGUCUUUGCCGAGCACAAGUUCGGGGUCCCCGAGAUGGAUAUUGACACCCAGAUUCUCGACACAGGGGUAACAUCGGUCGAUCUAAUUCGCCUGAAGAGAGUAGCAGAAACAGCCUUCGAAAUCAAAGAUAUCCCAAUCUUUACCAUCAUGUCCAACCCUACCAUCCGAACUCUCGCAGCAGCUAUCGCACGUCUCAGUGAGGCGCAAAGCACUGAUAAAGUCGAAUACAAUCCAAUCGUCACACUGCAAGCAAAAGGCAGUAAAACACCACUUUUCCUUGUCCAUCCAGGCAUCGGUGAAAUGCUCGUGUUCUUAGGAUUAACACAGUACUUUCCCGACCGACCCAUCUACGCCUUCCGCGCUCGUGGUCUAAACGAGGGCGAGGAUGUUUUCACGAGUAGAGAAGAGGUCAUCACGACCUACUAUAAAGCCCUGAAAGCCAAACAGCCCAGCGGGCCUUACGCACUUGCAGGUUAUUCGUACGGAAGCAUGCUCGCGUUCGAGAUUGCAAAAAUCCUUGAAGCCAACGGCGACCAGGUGCAAUUCCUAGGCUCCUUUAAUCUACCGCCACAUAUCAAGACGCGUAUGAGGAAGUUGGACUGGACAGCAGGAAUGGUCCACAUUGCACACUUCUGCUCCAUCAUUACUGAGGAGCGGUCCGAGGAGCUAUUGCACGAACUCCGCCCAUUACCACAUAGCGAACAGGUAUCCAAACUUCUUGCUGAAAGCGACCCAGUGCGUUGCACCGAACUGGCUCUUACACAAGAGGGUCUCCACAAUUGGACCGAUGUCUCGUGGUCUCUUCAAAAGAUUGGCUGGGAGUAUGAUCCGUCAGAAGACGUUUCGCACAUGGACAUUUUCUAUUGUCAGCCGCUGAAGGAUGUUGCAAGAAACCGUGUCGAGUAUCGUAAAGAUCACCUGAAUUAUUGGGUACAUUUCAUUCGCAACGAUUUGAAGUUCUGGGAGGUUGAUGGGCAGCAUUACACUAUGAUUGGCCCAGAUCAUGUACUCACAUUCCAGCAGACUCUGAAGAAGGCACUUGCAGCUCGGGGCUUGUGAUAGCUGGC